AUGGCACCCACUCUUAAACCUUUCCGCGCUGAGCAUAUGGGCUCUUUGCUCCGACCUCAAGCUCUUCUUGACGUCAGAGAGCAGAUCCGUGAGAAGGGUCUUAGCCCCGAGAACGCCGGCCUUGAGACUGUGGAGAACGAUGCUGUUAAGGAUGUUGUCAAGAUGCAGCAAGAUCUAGGCUUCAAGGCCGUGACCAGCGGCGAGUUCACCCGUACUCGCUUCUGGGGUCUUAUGUGGGACGAGUUCGAGGGAACGACCCAGCUUUCUGAUGCUGAUGCCUCCAUGUUCCGGCUUUACCACCCUGACGUGGUCAGCUUGAUCGAGACUGAUCGCCAGGUCAUGCCUGGAGAGUCAGUCAUUGCUGGUGGAAAGCUUUCCCACAGCCCUGAGAAGUCUGUUUCGAACCUUCAUGAGCUGAAGCUCGUUCAAAAUUUUGUGCCAAAGGAGGAUUGGGCUUCCAUCAAGCUUACUAUGAUUACUCCUGCCUGGUUCCAUAUGCGUUAUAAGCAAGGCAAGGCAUAUACUCCCGAGGCGUACAAGAACGACGAGGAGUAUUUCAAGGAUGUGGCCAAGGUCUACCAGGAUGAGCUUGAUCAGCUUUACAAGGCUGGUCUGCGAAAUGUUCAAUUUGAUGACCCUGGAAUGGCUUACUUUUGCAGCCAGAAGUUCCGUGAUGGCUGGGCUGCUGACUCUGAUAACAUUGGCACCGUCGAUGAUCUUCUAGAUGCUUAUAUCAAGCUCUACAACGACAGUCUCUCCAAGAUCCCUUCAGACAUGCACACAGGUAUUCAUCUCUGCCGUGGCAACUUCAUCGGCGGCCGUCACUUCGCCGAAGGUAAAUACGACAUCAUCGCUGAAAAGCUUUUCCGCAACCUCAACGUAAACACAUUCUACCUUGAAUACGAUACCGAGCGUGCUGGUGGUUUUGAACCUCUUCAGUUCCUCCCUAAGGACAAGAAUGUUGUUGUUGGCGUUAUCAGCACCAAGUUGCCUCAGCUGGAGGAUAAGGAGGAGAUGAAGAAGCGUGUCCUGAGUGCAGCGGAUUGGGUGGCAAAGGGAACUGGCGAGAGCCAGAAAGAAGCGCUGCAGAGAAUCGCUGUCAGUCCUCAGUGUGGAUUCAGUACUCAUGAGAGCGGAUAUCCCCUCAAUCUCGAGGAAGAAAAGAAGAAGCUUGCAUUGGUUAGAGAGAUCGCCAACGAGAUCUGGGGCGAAGCUUGA